UCUCUCUCUCUCUCUCUGUCUCAAACUUUAAAAAGACAAAUACAAGUCAAAUGAAACACUAUAGGCAUGCAUUUGCUGUCUUAAUCAUCUAAACUAUAGUUCUCGGUUGUGGGAUCUAUGAAAUCUGGGCCACGAAAAGCAUACUCCCCACUCCAUCAAUGUCUAUGUUAGAUUUGGAGCUUAAGUUGUGGUAAGGUGCCCUGACGAGACCUCUAUUAAGCUGACAUUUAUGUACUAUUUCACGUCCUUUUAUAAGACCUGAGUCAAAUUAUCUGAGGCCAAGCGGGUUCUUUCAGUACAUGGAUCCGGUUACUACCCAUAACACUAAGGAAAGUGGAGGUCUUCGGUAACACACGAACCUAGUUCUCUACUUUGCUGGUCGAUAGCCUCCCGAAGAGACGCUAGAUCCACUUUUGCACUGACAUUGGCUGCUCCCACCUGCCCAGCCAGGCAGACGCAGCGUGUGCACCUGAACAGAGUGAGCGGAUGUUUCUCUUUUCAGCCCCUGUGACUUUUCUAGCCACGCUGGACUGUAUUUGCAUGUGUGGGGCGGGUUAAUGCAGUGGAACAGAACAGCUUACGAGCACUAAGGAGUUAGCUUGGCCUUGCAGACGGGGUGGGGGUUUGGAAUCCAGCCUCUCGGAUGGAUUUUCGCUGUAAAGAGGAGUGGCCCGGGGAGUUCAGACUAGAAACCCAUGGUUAAUCACAAGCGUCUUCAGCAUCCCGUCCUGCUUCUGUCUGAUAAAACUUCACCCUUGGAUCAACCCACCUCUGUCUCUGCGCUUCUGGAAUCCUGGGACCCACUGCAGGAGACACCACUCAUAUACCGAGGAACACAGCUGCUGGAUUGUGUGGUUUACUUUUGUAAGAUACUGCCAGACUGUCUUCCCAAGUGGCCGCACCAUUGCGUAAUCCCCAGCGAUGAAUGAGCGUCCCUGUCACUCCAAGUCCUGGUAUUGUCAGCGUCCCGGAUAUCAUCCAUUCUGGUGUCUGAUGGACAGGCUCACUGGAGGCAGUAACAGCAGACAAUUUAUCUCCUAGCAAGAAGCCCCUCCCCCGAUUCCUUAUUGGCUGAGCACUACAGAGCCAAGUACCCGGCCAUCAAGGCCCUGAUGCGGCCCGACCCUCGCCUCAAGUGGACGGUGCUGGGGCUGGUGCUGGCGCAGCUGCUGGCCUGCUGGCUGGUGCGGGGCCUGGCGUGGCGCUGGCUGCUCUUCUGGGCCUACGCGUUCGGGGGCUGCGUGAACCACUCGCUGACGCUCGCCAUCCACGACAUCUCGCACAACGCCGCCUUCGGCACGGGCCGCGCCGCGCGCAACCGCUGGCUCGCCGUGUUCGCCAACCUGCCCGUGGGGGUGCCCUACGCCGCCUCCUUCAAGAAGUACCACGUGGACCACCACCGCUACCUGGGCGGCGACGGGCUGGACGUGGACGUGCCCACGCGCCUCGAGGGCUGGCUCUUCUGCACGCCGGCCCGCAAGCUGCUGUGGCUGGCGCUGCAGCCCCUGUUCUACUCGCUGCGGCCGCUGUGCGUGCACCCCAAGGCCGUGACCCGCAUGGAGGUGCUCAACGCGCUGGUGCAGCUGGCCGCCGACGCCGCCAUCUUCGCCCUCUGGGGCCUCAAGCCCGUGGUCUACCUGCUGGCCAGCACGCUGCUGGGCCUGGGCCUGCACCCCAUCUCGGGCCACUUCGUGGCCGAGCACUACAUGUUCCUCAAGGGCCACGAGACCUACUCCUACUACGGGCCCCUCAACUGGAUCACCUUCAACGUGGGCUACCACGUGGAGCACCACGACUUCCCCAGCAUCCCGGGCUGCAACCUGCCCCUGGUGCGGAAGAUCGCACCCGAGUACUACGACCACCUACCGCAGCACCACUCGUGGGUGAAGGUGCUUUGGGACUUCGUGCUCGAGGACUCCCUGGGGCCCUACGCCAGGGUGAAGCGGGUGUGCAAGCUGGCGGAGGAGCGUCUGUGAGCCCGGGGAGGAGGACCCCGCGGAACCCGGGGGCCUGCUGCCCCGCCCUGCCCCCCCCCUGCUGCAGAGCGGUUUGUCACUGCCCACCCCACCCCCAGCCCAGUGCCCAGAGCUGCUUUCGCUGCAUUUGGUUCCCGCACUGACCGCGGUCUUGUCCCCCAGAACCCAGGACGGCAUCCGGCCACAGCGGGCACACAUGCAGCCUGGAGAUGCUUGGUCCGCACCUGCACUGUCGACCCAGGCCAGGCCCUCCUUCCCUGGGCCUCGGGGACGGAGACCUGGCCCUGCCCUGGGUGCUCUGUGCCGCCUCCACCGAGCUGACGUCCCUGGUGUUCCCGUGCCCUAAACUCAGUUCGGUGUUUUGUUUUCACAUCCACAGACCGUGCUUCCCAGGGGGGGCAUGGUUCCAGCCCAGCCUCAGACUGAGGCCCCCCCCGCCAGCCGGACCCUGCAGGCCUCAGGCCUGUGGAUCUCCUUCCCGGCCGGCCCCGGCUGCACCCCACCUGCUUUCCGGCCUUGGGGACUGCGGCCGCUUCAUGCUGUGUGCUUAGCACCCCUGUGGUCCUGCCUUUGUGAGUGGCCCCUGCACAUCCUGGGGCUUGGGGGGUCCACAUGGCCCUGAAGCCCCUCAUUAGCGGCCUUCCCUCCUCUCCAGCCCGGCUGAGUGUGGACACUGCCCCCCUGAGCUGUGCUCCCGCCCCACCUCGAGGCUCUGGCCUGAGGGAAGCCCUCCCUGACCCUAGAGGUUUUAGCCCAGACAGGGUGGAGUCUGUCUCCCGGACCGACUCCCCGAGGACUUGAGAUCUUCAUAAACGGGUGCCGCAGGCCAGAUGCACGGAGGGGAGACUUGUGACUGGGCAGACAGGUGGCUGCCCGAGUGAGCCACGGCCCUGAGGGAAGCAGGCUGGUGUCCCUGGUGGUGGCCCUGUCUUUACUGGUGGAGGCACGGCCCUUGGCCCUUGGGGGCUGCAAGGGGUGGGGUCCUGGUCUCCCAGAGGCAGGCAGGCAGCAGGAGGGGUGCCUAAGGCUGGGGAGGCUGAGGACCCCCCCCCCCCUCCCGCCGCCGUGGGCACCGCUGGGCCCUGUGAGCUGGCCCAGGAGAGGGAGGAGGGCUGUCAGGAAGGCACGUGGCAGCUCCCAGGGCCCGAGACCUGGCCGGUGCUGUGCAAGGACUUCCUGCCCGGGACUGGGAGUGGCCUCAUGUGGUGCCAGGCACCCCUGUGUCCGAGAACGGUCUGACACCGGGAUGGCUCUGGGAAGAGGCCUGGGCCCCGGGGCUGUUGUGUGAGGCAGUGCAGCUUGGCGGGAGUACUUUGAGCCUGGACGUGGGGGGGGGGGGGGAAGGGGGGGGCCCUCCCUGUGCAAACAGGCUGGCCCGAGGCAGGUGAGCGCAGCCCCUCCCGCCGCCAGCCUGGGGCCUCCCAGCCCACCUGCCCGCAGAGCUGUCCCGAGGAGGAGACUGUCACCACCUGCCAGCUCCCCGCCAGACCCCAGAUGACAGAAUCAGUGGGCCUGGAAUCUGUCGCCCUGGGUUACAACCAGAACCACUGCCGGCCCUGGGGGCUGCUCACCUCCCGACAGAACUACCUGGCUCCUGUCUGCACGGUUGUUGGGAGCACUCGAGGAGACAGGGGGGUGCGGGGGGUGGGAGGGGGGUGGUCCAGAGCCCGGCUAGAAAGCAGCAGUCCCCUGUCAUCAGCCGGACGGCGGGCCCCGCCUCCUCCCCUCCCACGAGGCCCCCGCAGGAUGGCUGGGCACAUUGCCGUGCCUGUGGUGGCCACGAUGGUCCAGGAUUCCAAGGCCUGGCCACUGGCCGGGGCCCUGCUCCCGGCACGGGGUCAGACCGUCUCUGGCUCGGAAGGGGAACGUGUGCGGUGCGAGAAGCGCUGGCAUAUGCCUCGGGCGGGCGUGCGGGCCAGGGCGGUGGUCCUUCCUGGAGGAUGCAGCCUGCCUCACUCUCCUACUGCCUCGCGGAGCCCAAGCUGCCACUCCCGGCCCUGCGGUCAGGACGCACGUGGAGUCUGAGGUGGCAGUGUGGACGGCACUCAGGGCCCACCCCUGGGGGAGACCAUGGCGGGCCGGCUGGAAGCGCGCGAGCUGCCCCGGCUCCCGCCUUCCCCGUCUGCAUUCAGCCUGGCUACCGGCCGAGGCCUCUGCUGGCCCCUCUGCUCCCCCGGGGGACGGCGUCCUCAGCCAGGAGCGGCCGGAGCCGGCGCGGGAGAGUGAGCCGGAGCCAGGGGUGUGGACAGUAAGCGUUUAUUAGCACGUGGACACAGACACCGCGGUGCGUGGACAGACUUCAACCACCACGACGCUGGGGACCGCUCGCCGCUGACCGCAUCACCUAGGAGAAAACUCGGAAACCAUCUAAUGAAGCGUGUGAUCUGGGGAGUCCUCUAUAAACCAAAGAAAUGUACACUUAAAUAGGCAAAUAUAAAAUACAAAAAAGGCGA